UUUCUUCCCCACGGAACACCACAAAAUCACUGAAACAGUGCUCCUGUACUGAGAUUUUUAUAAAAGAAAAAGGAGGAAGAUUCGUGGAUGUGAUUUAUGCCCUCGCAUCUGGCGCUGCUGUCGUGCCUGCUGGUGCUGCUCCUCUCCCUCGACAAGUUCCUCCUCCACUACCUCAAGCGCUGGCUCUCCGGCGGCGGCAGCAUAAUCCCCCGGAUCCCGACCGGCGCCUUCAGCCCGCGCUCGCACCGAACCAUGGCGGCCGCCGGCAAGUGGAGCGAGACGGCCAUGCUCAUCAUCGACAUGCAGAAGGAUUUCGUGGACCCGGCGAUGGGUAGCCCGAUGCUGGUCGCCGGCGGCGAGGCCGUAGUCCCCGCCGUCGCUGAGGCCGUCGCCGUGGCGCGGGAGCGCGGCAUCUUCGUCGUUUGGGUUGUCAGAGAGCAUGACCCUUCUGGAAGAGAUGUUGAACUUUUCCGCAGACACUUGUACUCUGGAGGGAAGGGUCCGACAGUGAAAGGUUUGAAAGGUGCAGAGCUGGCUGACGGGCUUUUUAUCAAAGAGGGCGACUACAAGUUGGUGAAGACAAGAUUUAGUGCUUUCUUUGCGACGCACCUGGAUUCUGUUCUUAAAACACAAGGAAUAAAGAACUUGGUAAUUGUUGGUGUUCAAACGCCAAAUUGCAUUCGGCAGACUGUCUACGAUGCUGUGGAAUUGGACUAUGAGAAAGUUAUUGUCCUUAUUGAUGCAACAGCUGCUGCUAGGCCAGAUAUCCAUUUGGCAAAUAUCAGAGAUAUGAAGACCAUCAGUGUGGAAACACCAACCUUGGAAGAGUGGCGCCGUUAAGCUUGCGGGUGGUGUACUUAAUUCUUGGCACGAAGUGACAUGCAUAUGUGCAGUAGAGGCAACAAAUGUGCUACAACUUCCUUGCUCCCCUUUUCAUCCCGACAAAUGUAGUUAUGUUAAUAUUUGCAAGGUUGCAUCUAUACGACUUCUAAUGCAUCCUACAUAGAGUUAAUCA